AUGGGAGAUGUCAAAGUGUUGGAGCCGUCGCUCGUGAAAGAUCUUUCCAAUCAUAUCUACGAAAAGAGAAAAGCCACCGCGUAUCAGAUCGAGUCGCUCACCAAGGCUGCUCUCGCUAACAACGACUCCCAGACAAUCUACCGGAUCAUAAACGAAUUGACCGAACUCACCAAUGGUGGCACCAAUCUGGCCAAGAUGGGCGCAAUUACCGCUUUGGGCUCAGUAUCAGUUGCUCUUGGUUCGUUUGCUAUAGCCUACUUUCUUGAGGAAAUCAUCAAGCCGAUCUUCGCUACCUUCAGAGACACCGAUGCCCGGGUUCGUUACUAUGCAUGCGAGUCGCUUUACAACAUCGCCAAAAUUGCCAGGGGCGAGAUAUUGCUCUACUUCAACGAGGUAUUUGACAUCUUGUGCAUUCUUGUAACCGAUAGCGAAUCUUCUGUGAAGAACGCGGCCGAUAUUCUCGAUCGUUUGAUAAAGGAUAUCGUUUCUGCCAAAUCCACUAAUUAUGUGUCCAUUUUACAGCAACAGGAAGUAUCUAAUGAUAUUCAGUCCCAUCUCGUGGAUGCCAAUGGUGUAGCUAUUCAAGUCAACCAGGUCCAAGAUGCCCAGAAGGCAUUUCUGUUACCAAAGUUCAUCCCCACUCUUUUAGAGAGAAUGUACACAAUUGAUCCGUUUGCCAAAAAGUUUUUAAUCAGUUGGUUGGAGUUGUUUGACGAUAUCCCCCUGCUUGAGUUGAUCACAUUUUUACCCAAUUUCCUCGAGCCGUUGAUCAAGUUUCUCAUGAAUAACGCGCCGUCAGAUGUACGUUUGGAAACGGUCAACAUCUUGACCGUGUUCCUCAAGGAAAUCAAGGCCAUUUCAAAAGUCAAAUUCGAAGUCAAACGCCGUCAGUUGGUCAAGGAGAAGAAGAGGACGUUGUUGGAGAAGGCUUCUGCGAAAAGAGCUGCAGAAGCAGCUGCUCUUGCUGCUGAAGAUCCUGAAGAUGCCACAGCUGUUGCUUCUAUUGCUGCUGCAAACCAAGAAGAGUCUACAGAAGUGCAGUUGCAAUCGUCUGUGAGUGAUACCGAAUCAAUCAAGUCCAACAGCACUACUAUUGUUCGUAAAAUACAGCCUUCAGAAGAACCGGUACCUCCACAGCAAGAAGAGGAGGCAGCUUCUGAGGGUGAGAUCUUCCUCAACGGCCAGGAUAUCUUCAUAGACUACCCCAAUGUGAUUGACAUCUUGCUCUCGUUUGUUAGAUUUCCGCCAGAGCUGAAGAAGGACAUUAAGUUCAACAGUCUUGCCAACGAGACUCACGACACGUAUUUGGAGAUUCAGAUCAUAGUAAUCAAAUGGCUCCAGGAAAUUUUGGAGAUUUCUCCAGUCGGAUUUGCCAAGUAUCUUCCCGAUUGUGUUUCCAUUAUCAUCAGAAAUAUCUCAAUCACCGACCAGGAGAAAGACUUCGAACUCCGUAACUCAUUUUUGAACUUCAAUCUCGCACUUCAGAACUUCUUGAUAAAGAUCCAGGACAACGGCGAAGAAGCCGAAGAAGACGAUGAUCCUGAGAAUGUUAACGAAAACUUGAUCCACGGCUUGAACAAAGAAGUCACCGAUGAGUUUGUUGAUUUCCAGUUGCCCAAUACUCUAGACAUCACCAUCAAGGAAUACUUGACUUCUAACAACGAGCUUGCAAGAAUCACUUCGUUGGAAUGGUUAAUCUUCUUAUACUCCAAGUACGCCGAUGGAUUUUUCAAAUUCAUUGGGGAAGACGAACACAAGUUUGACCUUACUGAUCUUUUAAAGUCUUCAGCAAAUACCAGUCACGAUGUAAUCUUGAAAGUGUUACAGCUUUUGUCGCGAAUUUCUGAAUCUAACCAAGAGUUCUUUAAGGACUUUAUGAUAAAGCUCGUGAAAUUGUUUGAACAAGAGGGCCAGGAGAAAUCGUCAGAUAAUGCCCCGCGAAUUAAGAUCGAGUUCAUAAUCCGCAAGUUGUGUGUCACAUUGAACUCAGAAAAGAUCUACAAGACUUUAUCGGAAGUUUUGUCGUCCAUCGAUGAUCUCGAUUUUCUCAACAUGAUGAUAGUUACCUUGAACAACAUCUUGUUGACUACACAAGAAUUGACCAGCUUCAGAAAGAAGCUAAAGAAUCUAGAUGUCUACAAGCUCGAAGACUGGUCUUUGUUUGCAACGUUGUUUCAGAGCUGGUGCCACAACGCACCCAGCGCGUUGUCUUUGUGCUUGCUUACAUCGAACUACGAGUUAGCAUAUCUUAUCAUCAAGAGCUUAUCUGAACUGGAAGUUAAUUUCCAGUUGUUGACUCAGGUUGAUAUCUUGGUCCAGUUGCUCGAAUCUCCAAUCUUUUUGAAGUUGAGAUUGCAAUUACUUGAGCCGGAAAAGCAUCCAUACUUGUAUAAAACGUUGUAUGGUUUGCUCAUGAUAUUACCUCAAUCAUCUACGUUCACUACGCUUAAGAACAGAUUAGGCUCUAUCUCACACAUAAACACCGCCAGUAUAGCCGCUUCUACUGGAAUCCCCUUGAGUACCCCUGUGCCCACGCCAGGCCCUGGCACUACUGCCACAGCAGUCAGCAACCAGCUCUCUAUCAAGAGGAAGCGCAUUUAUGAAAUGUUGGACAAGUUCACCAAGGUUCAGGAUAAACACGAAGAAUACAAUCUUGAACGUAAACUAAAAGAUUACAGCGAAUACGAAGUCAGCAACAAUAAUAGCACCUUCAACAUCAAUCCUGGUGCGUCAGUAAAAGGUGGAGAACGGUUAAUCAGCCAUAGUUCCAGUACAACGGAGAAUAAGAAGGAUUACUUCGGCCAUAUCCAUGAAGACGGCAAGAGUAUUGCCAAACGCGCUAGCAGCAGCAGACUUGGCUUGAAUCGGAUGUGAUAUUGAGAUUGUAUAGUAAUAAAUGGACAUAAUGGU